UCUCCUAUCCCCCUCUCCAGAUGACGUGCCGCCCUACUUUAAGACGGAGCCGGUGCGGAGCCAGUUGCACCUGGAGCGUAACAGGCUGGUGCUGACGUGUAUGGCAGAGGGGAGCUGGCCCCUGGAGUUCAAAUGGAUCCACAAUAGCACUGAGCUCACACGCUUCUCACAGGAGUACAGGUACUUGAUUCCAUCUCUGGACCGUUCCCAUGCUGGCUUCUACCAAUGUAUCAUCAGGAACCGUGUAGGAGCCUUACUACAGAGGAGGACUGAAGUGCAGGUUGCAUUUAUGGGCGGUUUUGAGGAGGGUGAGCGCGCCCAGUCGGUCUCUCAGGGGGAGGGGGCAGUGGUUCCCGCACCACGCAUCAGGAGCUUUCCCCAGCCGCAGGUCACAUGGUUCAGAGACGGACGCAAGAUACCGCCCAGCAGCCGCAUAGCCAUUACUCUGGACAACACUCUGGUCAUCCUGUCCACGGUGGCCCCUGAUGCUGGACGUUACUAUGUACAGGCUGUCAACGACAAGAACGGUGAAAACAAGACCAGCCAACCCAUAACCCUUUCUGUCGACAAUGUUGGUGGGCCUGCAGACCCCAUCGCCCCCACCAUAAUCAUCCCCCCAACAAACACCAGUGUAGUGUCAGGCACGUCUGAAGUCACCAUGGAGUGUGUCGCAAACGCAAGACCGCUGAUCAAACUCAGCAUCACAUGGAGGAAGAACAGGGUUCUGGUCACCAGUGGUCUGAGUGACUUCAACCGCAGACUGACCAUUAUCGGCCCUGUGGUCGGUGACUCAGGGUUCUAUGAGUGUGAGGUGGUCCUAAGCAGCAGCAGUGUGCCUUCUGUCAAUGCUGGGGCCUACCUACAUGUUCAAGAGCCUCCCCAGUUUGUGAAGGAACCAGAGAAACACAUCACUGCUGAGAUGGAGAAAAUUGUGGAUAUCCCCUGUCAGGCACGAGGUGUGCCUCAACCAGACAUUGUGUGGUAUAAGGAUGCGGUGCCCAUCAGCCCAGUGAAAACCCCCAGGUAUAGGGUGUUAGUCGGGGGCAGUUUGCAGGUCAACGGCCUUCUUCCUGAUGACACAGGGAUGUUCCAAUGCUUUGCACGGAACCUGGCAGGAGAGGUGCAGACCAACACCUACCUGGCUGUCACUAGCAUUGCCCCUAACAUCACAGCUGGACCAUCUGACAGCACGGUGAUUGACGGCAUGUCAGUCAUUCUCCACUGUGAAACAUCAGGAGCACCAAGACCAGCUAUCACCUGGCAGAAAGGUGAGCGUGUUCUGGCCAGUGGUUCUGUUCAGCUGCCCAGGUUCACCUUGCUGGAGUCAGGCAGCCUGCUCAUCUCCCCAUCCCACAUAUCAGACGCUGGCACCUACACCUGCAUGGCCAGCAACUCCCGGGGCAUAGACGAGGCUGCUGCUGACCUUGUGGUGUGGGCUCGCACCCGUAUCAACACCCCCCCUCAGGACCAGAGUGUCAUCAAAGGCACCAAGGCCACCGUGACCUGUGGAGUUACACACGACCCCAGUGUCACUGUCAGGUAUGUGUGGGAGAAGGAGGGCUCGGUCAUCAACGCCCAGUCUAUCCCCCGUAUCCGGCUGGACCCGGAUGGUACCCUCCACAUCUCCCAGACCUGGUCAGGUGACAUCGGGACCUACACCUGUAGGGUUAUGUCGGUAGGAGGCAACGACUCACGCAGCGCACACCUCCGAGUCAGGCAGCUGCCCUAUGCUCCAGAGAACCCUGUGGCCCUGCUAAGUUCCUCAGAAAAGAGGGCCAUUAACCUGACCUGGGCCAAGCCCUUCGACGGGAACAGCCCCCUACUUCGCUACAUCCUCGAGGUCUCUGAGAACAACGCUCCCUGGGCUAUCCUCCUGGCCAACAUAGAGCCUGAGUCGACAGCGGUGACCGUCAGUGGACUCAUACCAGCACGCUCCUACCAGUUCCGCCUAUGUGCCGUCAACGACGUGGGCAAGGGCCAGUUCAGCAAGGAGACUGACCGUGUAUCUCUACCAGAGGAACCUCCCAGUGCCCCUCCCCAGAAUGUGAUCGCCAGCGGCCGCACCAACCAGUCCAUCAUGAUCCAGUGGCAGCCCCCACCAGAGAGCCACCAGAACGGGAUUCUCAGGGGCUACAGCGUCCGGUAUCGUCUAACAGGUCUUCCGGUGGACUACCAGAGUAAGAACAUCUCCAAACCAGACGUUACCAACAUUCUCCUGGAGGACCUGAUCAUCUGGACCAACUAUGAGAUAGAGGUGGCAGCCUACAACAGGGCGGGGCUAGGAACCUUCAGCCACAAGGUCACUGAGUGGACGCUGCAGGGAGUGCCGACUAUAGCCCCCAGUAAAGUUCAGGUGGAGGCCGUCAACUCCACAACCAUCCGUAUCACCUGGGCUGCCCCUAACCCUCAGUUCAUCAAUGGGAUCAACCAGGGAUACAAGCUGUUGGCAUGGGAGCCAGGUCAGGAAGAGGAGGUCACCAUGGUUACAGUGAGACCUAACUUCCAGGACAGUGUGCAUGUGGGCUACGUGACGGGGCUGAAGAAGUUCACAGAGUACUACAGCGCUGUGCUGUGUUUCACUACGCCGGGAGACGGCCCCCGCAGCCCCGCUAACGGCCUGAGGACACAUGAAGACACUCCUGGGGCGGUGGGUGACCUGAGCUUCACAGAGAUCCUCGACACGUCUCUCAAAGUGAGCUGGAGAGAACCUGAAGAGAAGAACGGAUUCCUCACAGGGUACCGUAUCUCAUGGGAGGAGUUUAACCGCACCAACACACGGGUGACCCACUACCUCCCCAACGUGACCCUGGAGUACCGCGUCACGGGGCUGACCGCCCUCACCACCUACACCAUUGAGGUGGCCGGCAUGACCUCCAAGGGCCAGGGAAAACUGUCCUCCUCCACAAUCUCUUCUGGAGUACCUCCAGAGCUGCCUGGUCCUCCCACCAACAUGGCCAUCUCCAACAUUGGCCCUCGAUCUAUCACUCUCCAGUUCAAACCCGGCUACGAUGGAAAGACCUCCAUCUCUCGCUGGCAGGUAGAGGCCCAGGUCAGUGUGAUAGGAGACAAUGAGGACUGGGUGAUUGUUCACCAGCUGCCCAACGAGCCUGAUGCCCGAUCCCUGGAGGUGCCAGGACUAAGCCCAUACACAUUUUACAGGUUCCGUAUGCGUCAGGUGAACAUUGUGGGGACUAGUCCUCCCAGUCAGCCCUCCAGGAAGAUCCAGACCUUGCAGGCCCGUCCAGAUAUGUUCCCCGCUAACGUCACACUGCGCACGGCCAGCGAGACCAGUCUGUGGCUCCGAUGGGUGCCCCUACCAGAGUGGGAGUACAAUGGGGACCCAGAGGUGGUGGGCUACCGGAUCCAGUACUCCCGUACAGGCUCCCAGGGCAGGGCGCUGACCCAUGUGAUCGCUGACCGGCUGGAGAGGGAGUUCACCAUCGAGGACCUGGAGGAGUGGACAGAGUACGAUGUCAGGGUUCAGGCUCUCAAUGGCAUCGGGGCCGGGCCCUGGAGCCAGCCUGUCAGAGGAAGGACCAGGGAGUCUGUCCCCUCCUGUGGCCCCACCAACGUGUCAGCCUUUGCCACAACCUCCAGCAGUAUCCUGGUGCGCUGGUUUGAAGUACCAGAACCAGACCGGAAUGGACUGAUCUUGGGAUACAAGGUGUUGUUUAGGGAGAAGGACUCUGACUCGUCCCUCCAGUUGUGGACAGUGGAGGGGAAUGCCAGCCACAGUGUCCAGCUGACUGGUCUGGGGAAAUACGUCCUCUAUGAGAUCCAGGUCCUGGCCUUCACCCGCAUCGGAGACGGCAUGCCCAGCUCACCACUCAUACUGGAGAGGACUCUGGACGACGUGCCUGGCCCUCCAGUGGGCAUCCUGUUCCCUGAGGUCCGAACCACCUCGGUGCGUCUCAUCUGGCAGUCCCCGUCCCAGCCUAAUGGUAUCAUCCUGGCCUAUCAGAUCACGUAUCGUCUGAACUCGACCAAUAGCAACACAGCCACAGUAGACGUGUUAAACCCAAGUGCUCGCCAGUACACGGUGACUGGCCUGAAACAAGAGUCAGUGUACAUGUUCCGCAUCACAGCCCAGACACGCAAGGGCUGGGGGGAGGCCGCAGAGGCACUGGUGGUCACCACCGAGAAGAGAGCUCGACCUCAGCCCACCGGUCGUCCCAUGGUGCCCCAAGAGAAUGUUCAGGCCCGCAGCGUGUUGUUGUCAUGGGAACCAGGCAGCGACGGCCUCUCUCCGGUCCGCUACUACACCGUGCAACUGAGAGAACUGCCCGAAAGCAACUGGACCGUCCACUCUGCCUCGGUCAACCACGAGUCCAGCUUCUACAUAGUUGGCAGGCUGAAGCCCUUCAUCUCCUACCAGUUUAGAGUGAAAGCCACCAACGACAUAGGAGACAGUGAAUACAGCGAGGAGAGUGAAGUUAUCACCACACUACAGGACGCCCCUGACGAAGCCCCCACAAUCCUCUCUGUCACACCACACACAACUACAUCCGUGCUGAUUCGCUGGCAGCAUCCGUCUGAGGAGAAGAUUAACGGUAUCCUCCUGGGUUUCCGGAUACGGUACCGGGAGCUCAUGUACGACCGCCUCCGCAGCUUCUCCGUACGCACCGCCAACAGCCCCUCCAAUACUUGGACUGAGCUCAACUCCCCCUACAGCGUGAGAAACCUGAGCGAGUCCUCUCUCACCCAGUAUGAGCUGGAUAACCUGAGCAAACACAAGCGCUAUGAGAUCAGGAUGAGUGUGUAUAACGCCGUGGGGGAGGGACCAACCAGCACACCACAGGAAGUGUUUGUAGGAGAAGCAGUACCCACCGCCCCACCUCAGAACGUGGCCAUCCAAUCAGCAACGGCCACCCAGCUGGACGUGACGUGGGAGCCUCCUCCAUUGGACACUCAGAAUGGAGACAUCCAGGGAUACAAGGUGUACUUCUGGGAGAUCCAGCGCAAGAAUGAGACGGAGAGACUGCGCACCCUGUUCCUGCCAGAGGGAGGGGUCAAGCUGAAGAACCUGACUGGAUACACCACCUACAUGAUCAGUGUGGCCCUCUUCAAUGCAGCAGGGGACGGGCCCCGAAGCCCCCCAACCAGGGGCCGUACACAACAGGCUGCCCCCAGUGCUCCCAGCUUCAUUCACUUCAGUGAGCUGACCACCACGUCAGUCAACGUGUCCUGGGGUGAGCCCACCUACCCCAACGGCAUUCUGGAGGGUUACCGGCUGGUCUACGAGCCCUGCACCCCUGUUGACGGCGUCAGUAAGAUAGUGACGGUGGACGUCAAAGGGGCCCCGUUCUGGAUGAAGAUCAAGGACCUGGCUGAUGGGGUGACCUACAACUUCAGGAUCCGGGCCAAGACGUUCACCUAUGGGCCUGAGGUGGAGGCUAACAUAACCAUGGGGCCUGGGGAAGGAGCCCCAGGCCCCCCUGGAGAGCCUUUCAUCUCCCGGUACGGCUCAGCUCUUACCAUCCACUGGUCCAACGGUGAUCCCGGGAGGUCGCCUAUUACACGCUACGUCAUUGAGGCCAGACCUUCAGAUGAGGGCUUGUGGGAUAUCUUGAUCAAGGACAUCCCAAAGGAAGUGACGUCAUACGCCUUCAACAUGGACAUUCUGAAGCAAGGGGUUAGUUAUGACUUCCGGGUUAUUGGCGUGAACGACUAUGGCUACGGGUCUCCUAGUCCACCCUCAGCCUCCAUAUCUGCCAAAAAGGUGGCGCCAUUCUACGAGGAGUGGUGGUUCUUGGUGGUGGUGGCCCUGGUAGGUCUUAUCUUCAUCCUCCUUCUGGUCUUCAUCCUCAUCAUCAGAGGACAGAGCAAGAAGUACGCCAAGAAAUCUGACUCAGGGAACAACUCCAACUGUAAUGCCCUGACCCAUGGAGAUAUGGUCAGCCUGGACGAGGGACGCUUCCCCGCCCUGGAACUCAACAACCGACGGCUGUCCGUCAAGAACUCCUUCUGCCGUAAGAACGGUGUCUAUACCAGGUCUCCUCCUCGGCCCAGCCCAGGCAGUCUCAACUACUCUGACGAGGAUUUGAGCACCACCAAGUACAACGAUCUGAUCCCGGCUGAGAGCAGCAGCCUGACAGAGAAACCAUCUGAGAUAUCAGACUCUAAGGAGGCCCUGGUGUUCUCAUAUGGGACGGGUGGUCUGCGUGUGCUUCCACUGAACUGGGGCAGUGACAGUGAGUACGAAGUGGACCAGAACAGACAGAAGACACACUCCUUUGUGAGCCACUACAUCAGUGACCCCACCUACUACAACUCCUGGCGCCGCCAGCAGAAGGGCAUCUCCCGGGCACAGGCCUACAACUACACAGAAUCAGAGUCGGGUGACCCGGAGCCCUGCGCCCCGUCACCACACCUGCCCCCGCUGCCACCCCAGCUCACCUCCACCACCCCUCCACCCCAGCCCCAGACCCAGCCCCAUGGUCAACCCCAGGGCCUCACACCCCAGGGCCAGGGUAGUCUGUUCAGGCCUAAAGGCAGCCGGACUCCCACCCCCUCUCAGCAGCUCCCCAACUCCACCCCUCCCAGCCACUCCAACACCCUGUCCUACUGGCCCCCCAGCAGCCCCAGCCCAGCCCCUGGAUCUCGGGCCCCCAUCGCCGGGUUCUCCUCCUUCGUUUGAUUCCGAGAGGGAUCUGUGUUCCCUUCUGAAAACAAAACCCACCCUGCUGCCCAACGUGUCUAGAGAGUAAAUACCCAACACAAAAGAAACCCUCGGAAUCCACCAUAUUGAUUUCUGUUUCUCCAUUUUUUCUUACUUGUUUUUAUUCUUUUCUUUUUAUUACUGAGUUGUGUUUUAAGGAUCAUACUGUACACAGACAGGACAGAAGUUACAUACUUUAUUCCAGUACAUUGUUCCUCUUGUGUGCAUGUGCUGGUAUAGUUUUAUUUCCAUUCUUUAACCCAUAGACAGCUGCUGAGAACAAGACAGUAUCUAUUCAUGUUUCUGUUUGAUUGAUUUGCAUGAGUUUCAAUGUAUUAUUUAUUUUCUCUCUUUCAUUGUUACACUUCUACACACAUACAACAAGAGAAUAAUUUAGUUAGAUACUGUAAAAAGGCAAGAAUUUCUUUGAAAAAAAUAUCUACAAGAUGAUAAAAGUGUCAUAGCGUCAAUCCACACUCGGGUAACAAGCACCAAUGAAACUGGGAUCCCAAAAUUGGGCCCUACAAGCGAGCGAAAUCAAUAGAGUUUAAAGGAUGAAAAGAGGAACAGGGUAUAGAAAAUACAAAGUAAUGAAAGUGAGGAGGAAGGGGGAGAUUGAGGCUGAAAUGAGCCCCCUGGCAGUCUUUAAAUGCCCAGUCCUGUCCAAUUAGGUAAAUUAAGUUUCUGGGUGUUAAUGUGAGAUAUGUUAGUGACCUCCCCCUAUUUAACCUAUGGACCAUGAUCCUCAGCAGUUAUCUGGCCUGGUCUAUAGGGUACGCACUAUUGAGUCUGACAGCAUUUCGAUGUCACAAGCAGGUCACAUCUCUGUGCUGUACACCAAGGACCUAGUUGCCUGCACGCCUUGGCAGAUAUGAAAAAUGUACAGUAUGUCUGAAGUAAAAAUGUUGAGGUUGGUCUGCAAGUUCUUUGUGUCCUUUAGUGGAUCAGACAUGCCAUGGUUCAUUAUAACUAGGGAUUCAUAUUUUCCUGAAAAUGUUCCCUUACAAGCCCUUCUCAGGCAUCCCAGUAUUCCUGUUGAAAGCGAAAGUGCUAGUUAAAAGCAUAUAAUACCAGCGAAGGAAAUCUGACAUAAUUCUACCACUGAAAAAUAUACACAGGAAUCUAACAGUUUCUUGUUGUUUUUGUUUCAUCUUAAUCAACUGAAAGUUCUCAAAGUCACCACACUAUUUCGUUGAUGUAAUCUAGUUUUAAUGUAGACAUAUGAAGCACUGUUGGCCGACUUGUAAAAUAUCUGGAGGUUAUUACAACCUAGUGAAAACGUCAUUCGUUUUAGCCUACCAUUGACGGAAAGCUUGUUGGUCCUUUCCUCUCACUAUCAUGGGAAUGAGGCCAAGUGGUGGUUGUUUUGACAACAGUUUAGUCAUUUAGCAGACUCUCUUAUCCAGAGGGACAUACAGGAGCAAUUAGGGUUAAGUGAAAUGCUCAAGGGCACAUCAGAUUUUUCACCUCGUCGGCUCGGGAUUCAAACCAGCAAUCUUUCAGUUACUGGCACAAUGCUCUUAACCGCUAGAAUACUUACUGUGUUGGCUUAGUCUUAGGGAAUGUAGUCUCUGAUGCUGCCCUAAACAAACAGAAAAGCAAAUGGCCGCAGUAGCGGAGAUUCAGUACCAUGGUUUAUCAAUUCCCUGCGGAUCUUUAAAAUCAUGCUCUUACUUUUGUUAGUGUAACAUCAUGGAACAACGUUGCAAAUGUCCAUUUCCUUGAGUGCUUUUGCGGACACAAUGUAUCAGCCGUUUUGUUAACAGUGAGUGGCAGUUUGUAUUUUGGAGCCUCUGCCAGUGCCGCAAAGCUAGUUUGGAGAUUUGUGAACGUGAGAUUGAGAUUCAACGCAGUUAUGGUAAGCAAAGGUCGCAUGUAGUCUGCUACAGUUUAAUGAUAGUCAACGAUGCCAGUUAAAAGGAAUCUAUUGGGGACUUGUGUUGAGUAGUCUGAAUUGGUAGGCCGCUAGAAUUGUGAUCAGUGGUCUAAUGUGUGGAUGAAGUCAGAUAUAUUAAACAGAUUAACUUUUUCCAUAGAAAUUAUAAAGUGCCUUUGGAAAGUAUUCAGAUCCCUUGACUUUUACAACCUUAUUCUAAAAUGGAUUCAAUUGUUUUUCCCCCCUCAUUAAUCUAAACACAAUACCCCAUAAUGACAAAGCUAAAAC